GGACACCUGCCGCUCACACUUGCUUCUGACACAGCUGUGUUUCUAGCAACCACACAACAGACACCAUGGGAUUUCUGAAUGCUGAGGAGAAGGCUCUGGUCCUUGGCCUGUGGGGCAAGGUGGACGUGGAUGAAGUUGGUGGUGAGGCCCUGGGCAGGCUGCUGGUUGUCUACCCCUGGACUCAGAGGUUCUUUCAGUCCUUUGGGGACCUGUCUUCUGCUGAUGCCAUUAUGAGCAACCCCAAGGUGAAGGCCCAUGGCAAGAAGGUGCUGAACUCCUUCAGCGAUGGUCUGAAAAACCUCGAUGACCUCAAGGGUGCCUUUGCUAAGCUCAGUGAACUGCACUGUGACAAGCUGCACGUGGAUCCCGAGAACUUCAAGGUGAGUCUAGGAAAUGUUCCA